AUGACAAAAAUUUUUUCUGUUACUAGGUUCAUCAAGAGUUACAAGAAAUUUGGUGGCCCUCUUGAAAGGUUAGAUGCUGUAGCUAGAGAUGCUGAGCUAGUUGAUAAAUCGGAGACAGAUCUUAGACGUUUGGGAGAACUUGUACAUAAUGGAUGCAUUAAAGCUUUAAAGGACAAUUCAUCUGGACAAGAAAGAGCAGGAGGUAGACUUGGGAAAGUUAAAGGCCCAACAUUCCGAAUCUCAGGAGUGCAGGUGAAUGCAAAGCUAGUCAUCUCUCAUGAAGAAGAGUUGGCACCGUUGCACAAAUCCAUUCCUUCAGAUCCAGAAGAAAGAAAAAGAUAUGUCAUCCCAUGCCACACCAAGGCUGCUCAUUUUGAUAUAGAUUGGGGUAAGGAGGAUGAUUCCAAUCUGUUAAUAGGCAUCUAUGAAUAUGGUUAUGGCAGCUGGGAAAUGAUAAAAAUGGAUCCUGAUCUCAGUUUGACACAGAAGAUUUUGCCUGAUGAUCCAGAUAAGAAACCCCAGGCAAAGCAGUUACAGACGCGUGCAGACUACCUCAUUAAAUUACUGAAUAAAGACCUUGCAAGGAAGGAAGCACAAAGGCUUGCUGGUGCAGGCAAUUCAAAGAGGAGGAAAACAAGAACUAAGAAGAAUAAGGUGAUAAAGGCUGCAAAAAUAAAAGAAGAAAUAAAAAGUGAUUCCUCACCACAACCCUCAGAGAAAUCUGAAGAUGAUGAUGAGGAUAACAAGGAUGACAUUGUUUCAGUGAAACAUCCACAUAAAAAAAUUAAAACAGAAAAAGAAAAUGAAGAAAAGCCUGAGCCAGAUACUGGUAUAAAGAAGGAAGCUGAAGAAAAAAGAGAGACAAAAGAAAAGGAAAAUAAAAGGGAUUUGAAAAGGGAGAAAAAAGAAAAAGAUGAUAAGAAAGAAUUAAAAGAUAUUAAAGAAAAGAGAGAAAACAAAGUAAAAGAAUCCACACAGAAAGAAAAAGAAGUAAAGGAAGAGAAGGUAAAUGAAAUCAAAUCUGAAAAUAAAGAAAAAACUAAAAAAAUUCCAUUGUUGGAUACUCCAGUUCAUAUUACUGCAACUAGUGAACCAGUUCCUAUAUCAGAAGAAUCUGAAGAACUGGAUCAGAAAACUUUUAGUGUGUGCAAAGAAAGAAUGAGGCCUGUCAAAGCAGCAUUGAAACAGCUGGAUCGACCAGAGAAGGGCCUUUCUGAAAGAGAGCAGCUGGAACAUACUAGACAGUGUCUAAUCAAAAUUGGGGAUCACAUUACUGAAUGUCUAAAGGAGUACACAAAUCCUGAACAAAUUAAACAGUGGAGAAAAAAUUUGUGGAUUUUUGUCUCUAAGUUUACAGAAUUUGAUGCCAGAAAGCUGCACAAACUGUAUAAACAUGCAAUCAAAAAACGCCAAGAAUCUCAGCAACACAAUGACCAGAAUAUUAGCAGCAAUGUGAAUACACAUGUAAUUAGAAAUCCAGAUUUGGAAAGACUGAAGGAGAAUACAAACCAUGAUGACAGUAGCAGGGACAGUUAUUCUUCUGACAGACAUUUGUCACAAUACCAUGAUCAUCAUAAGGACAGGCAUCAGGGAGAUGCUUACAAGAAAAGUGACUGUAGGAAAAGGCCCUAUUCAGCCUUCAGCAAUGGCAAAGAUCACAGAGACUGGGAUCACUACAAACAAGAUAGCAGAUACUACAGUGAUAGUAAAUAUAGAAAGUUAGAUGACUACAGGAGCAGAGAUCACAGGUCAAACCUGGAAGGAAGUUUAAAAGACAGCCGGGCUUAUUCAGAUCACCGUUCCCAUUCAGACCAUAGGAUACAUUCAGAUCAGCGUUCCACUUCAGAGUACAGCCAUCAUAAAUCUUCUAGAGAUUACAGGUACCACUCAGACUGGCAAAUGGACCACAGAGCUUCAGGUAGUGGCCCAAGGUCACCAUUAGAUCAAAGGUCUCCUUAUGGUUCAAGAUCUCCCCUAGGACACAGAUCUCCAUUUGAACACUCAUCAGAUCACAAAAGUACACCUGAACAUACAUGGAGUAGCCGGAAAACAUAACAAAGACUGACAUUUUCUGGACCUUCUUUUAGCCAUAUACAGUAAACUAACACAGUAAUUGCCUUACAUGACUUGAAAGAUAUGGACUGGAUACUCUAUCAGUAGCAGUAUUGUUGCUUCUUUCCAGGCUGCAAGGUCUAUUAUCCCAACAGAAGAAAAAUAUUUUUGUAUUUAAAGUUUAUGCUGCACUGUGCUGCAAAUGCUGUGGCACUCUUUUUUAAGAAAUGGAAGAUGUUUACUUUUACAGGGACCUCAACACUGCCCCUUUCAGACUGGAUCUUACUAUAAAACUCUUCGUGUCAAAGUGGGUUUAGGCUGAACACGUUUUAAAUUAUGUUUGUAAAUGAACUUUUAAACACUGACCUGUGCUUGUAUUUCAGGAAGGAAUGAUGAGUUUAUUUUCUUUUGUUUCUUAGUAAAGAACUCUCAAGGACUUUGUUCACUUUCCAAAGCUACUUGUUUACAUUGUACACUGCGACCACCUUGCCGCUUUUCAUCACAAGCUUGAAUAUUUAAAUUCUGUACCUAUAACUGUAAAAUAGUCAGGAUUUCUCCUGUUUGUGAUCAGUUAUAAUGCCUUUUUACAAAACAAACAAAAAAAUAAAACUAAAACAAAACAAAAACAAAGGCUGUAAAUUAUUGUAAAUUAAAUGAACUGUUUUCCCUCUCAGGCUUUUUUUGACUGUUCCUUUCCCCACCAACUCAGGCCUUCUUGUCACAAGUAUGAAACAAAAUCAGUGUACUUACAUGUUUUAAUAAAACAUCUUGAUGGAAUCACUGUUCAGAAUGUAAAAUGGGGAAAGGGAACAUUUUAUUCCAUUUAGUUCUUUUUUUUUUAUUGGAUACUUUAGAUACAUGUUCUGGGUUUUUUGGGUUUUGUUUGUUUUUUGUUGUGGGGUUCUCCCCCCCCCUCCUCUUAAAUUGUCAGUGUUGUGAUUGUUUGUAAUGAAAUGGUAAGAAAUAUCCAGCUAAACUGUGCUCUGGAAAGAUUUUCAGGUACAUUGGUUUUAAAGAAGGGAGUGGUAACUAUCUGAACACUGCAGAAUCCAAAUCAGCCAAAACCUAUUGUAAAUCCAUUUCUGUUCCCUCUUGAACAUGGGCAAUAAUGUCAAAUCUGCUAUGCAGCCAGUUAUUAUUUUAGAAAAUUUGAAUGACUUUAUUGACAGAAUUGUUACAAUGCACACUGAUUGUACAUAGAUAACUUCUAUCUGAAAAAUUAAAUUUAAACUAAAA